AUGAGCACAAUGCCGGCAACAUUACUGAAUCAAUUACGGAUGAUGUUUCGUACGACUACAUCUAAUCGUGAAUUAGCCUUGGCGAAUAAUUACACAUAUAUCAACGAAGAUAAAAUCUCUCGGUCGCUGAUCUGUCCGAUUUGUUUAGAUCCAUUGAUCGAUCCACAAACUCAUACGUUAUGCGAAAAUUCAUUCUGCAAUCGUUGUAUCAGAAAACUACGACAGUGUCCAUGCUGCCGGGCGCCGAUUGUUAAUCCCAAUGAUUUGAAAAUGGCCAGUCAUGUGAUACGAAACAUUCUCGAUGAACUUGAAGUUCAAUGUAAUGUUUGCAAACAAACCAUUCAUCGUGGAAACUUUUCUAUUCAUAUUCGAAAUAACUGUCUCGAACAAUCUCCAAUUACUCCCGAAGAAGAAGAGUCGUUAAUGAAUCGUUCAGCGUCAUCAAUUAAUUUGAACAACUCAACAGUACGAACACCAUUAGAAGAACAACAAAUCGAAAAACAUUUGUCGAAUUUAUACCGGCGUAUUCACAAAUUAGAAACAGAACUGUUCGAAUUGAAGAAAGCUAUAUACAUUUGUUUAUUCGUACUUUGUACAAUCGCAACAGUCGCGUUUUUCGGCACAAUUUUUUCCUACAUCAUCUUUUCGUUUCUCUCUGUCGUUUUCACUCAGUGGAUUCCAUCGUUCAUCGAAACAUUAACCAGAUUCCUAUUCGAUUUCUCGCCAUUAAUCACCUUAUUUCGCGUGAUCUUCAUCGCACUGUACUUUUUUCUCAUCUGUUACAAGCGACGUCCAUCGGACAUCAACCUGUUGACAAUAAUUAUCUGUUUAGUUAUUGUUCUAUUUAAUUUACUGAUUUUAAUUUUACAUUUAAUCAUCAAUCAUUUUAAUUUUCUAUUUUUCGUGUUUGCUUUGAUUAUGACAGCCAAAUACCUUCAUUUUCAAUUACCUGAACAGCAACAAAUCUUUACUUUUGUAAAUAAUUUUUGGAACCAAGAACAAGAACAGUUACCGCAGCAACAUUCACGACGAUCUCAAUGGUAG